UUUGUCCUGCCAUCCUGUUUGCUGCCUUGUUCAAACAUGAAUUUUCUGGGCAUCUCAAAUUUUAGCUUUGCUGGCAAGAUUUCUGUAAGGAUUUGUGCUAGUCUAGCUCUCUCAACCUACCAGUCCUUUCUAAAGCACUAUACAAUAGGAUUUGUAAGGCUGCAAAGCCAAGAUUGAAUUGUUAGGCAGCGCCAUUCUGAGACUCUGCCAAGAUCCACUUGGUAAUUCCGGAAGAAUUAGGAAAAAGGGGAAGGACCUUGUCACAUUCAUUCACAUCAUCUAAGCUUUUCAUUUGGUCACAGGCUAAUGGGAACAAUAACAGAACAGCUAAGGCAACAUGGUUCACAUAGGCAUUAAGGAACUCUGGACCAGACUGACUGUUCACCUAUGUCCUGUGACCUGAUGACCCUGGGAAUCUUAGCCUUAGUGACAUCUACUGGUUGUGCCUCAGCCAAUGCCCUGCAGUCCCUGACAGACGCCAUGCACAUCCCACACCUCUUUGUACAGCGCAACUCAGGUGGCUCUCCACGCACUGCUUGCCACCUAAAUCCUAGUCUUGAGGAGGAAGAAUACACAUUAGCAGCCAGGCCACCUGUUCGCCUCAAUGAUGUGAUGCUGAAACUCGUCACGGAACUCCGAUGGCAAAAAUUCAUAGUAUUUUAUGACAGUGACUAUGAUAUUCGUGGGUUGCAGGGAUUUUUGGACCAGGCUUCAAGACUAGGACUUGAUGUGUCUUUACAAAAGGUGGACAGAAACAUCAGCAGGGUUUUUGCCAGCCUUUUUACUACCAUGAAAACGGAAGAGUUGAAUCGCUACCGUGACACCUUACGAAGAGCAAUUUUACUUCUAAGCCCAAGAGGAGCCCAAACUUUCAUCAAUGAGGCUGUGGAAACCAACCUUGCUUCAAAGGAUAGUCACUGGGUCUAUGUAAAUGAGGAAAUCAGUGAUAAUGAAAUAUUAGAACUGGUCCACAGUGCUCUUGGAAGGAUGACAGUUAUCCGGCAAAUCUUCCCGCUGUCAAGAGACAACACUCAGAGAUGCAUGAGGAAUAAUCAUCGGAUAUCUUCACUGCUGUGUGACCCACAAGAAGGCUAUUUGCAGAUGCUGCAGGUUUCUAACCUCUAUCUAUAUGACAGUGUGCUCAUGUUGGCCAAUGCCUUCCAUAGAAAGCUGGAGGACAGGAAAUGGCACAGCAUGGCAAGCUUGAAUUGCAUGAGGAAAUCCACCAAACCUUGGAAUGGAGGUCGAUCCAUGUUGGAGACUAUUAAGAAGGGCCAUAUAACUGGACUCACUGGUGUUAUGGAAUUUAGAGAAGACGGCUCCAACCCCUAUGUCCAAUUUGAAAUACUGGGCACCAGCUACAGUGAAACAUUUGGCAAAGAUGUGAGAAGGAAAUAAAUCGAGGCAUUUCCUGAACUCAUUGAUACUGUUUGAUUUCUCUAUUUUUUUAUCCAAAUCAUGACAUCACUACCAUGACGGAGAAAAGAUCUUC